AAAUAUGGUAUUAUCCCUUCAAUUUAAUGUUUUAUUUUGAAAACGCCAAAGAGAACCUCCCUCUGUUUUUUUAAAACAAAUUUUUAGUACCUAUCUUGUAAGGUUCAUCCCUUCAGGGUCUGUGUUGCAUCUUUCCAUGUCGUCCACACCCAACCCAUCCCCAAUUAUCUUCGAUUUCCCCCGCUCAACUCACUCGCCUCACCCCAAAUCCUCAAACCCCACCUUCACCACCAGCAAAACCCUAAUUUCAUGCAAGGAAUCCAAGAGCAAAGGAGCUUUGGAAGAGAAGAAGAAGGUGGUGUUCGUCGACUACGACAACGGCAAGCACCAGGUCUCCACCCAUGUCUCUGGACUCCGAAAAGCCGACAUUCCCAAACACUACAGAUUGCGGGUCGAAGCCGAUAGGUUUCAGAAGGAUUGGAGCGUUUCUGAGGUGGUUGAAAGGCUUUUGAAGCUCAACCACUGGGACGAUGUAGAGGGUCUCUUGAAUCGCUGGGUGGGCCGCUUCUCCAGGAAAAAUUUCCCCCUUCUUAUUAGGGAGAUAACCCAAAUAGGUUCGCUUGAACAUAGCGUUCAAGUGUUCCGGUGGAUGAAGAAUCAAAAGAACUACUGCGCUCGGAAUGAUAUUUACAAUAUGAUGAUCAGGCUCCAUGCUAGACAUAAUAUAGUCGAUCAGGCACGCGGGUUGUUUUUCGAGAUGCAAAAGUGGAGGUGCAAGCCUGAUGCUGAAACUUACAAUGCCCUCAUCAAUGCACAUGGUCGAGCUGGCCAAUGGCGAUGGGCAAUGAAUAUCAUGGAUGACAUGCUCCGUGCAGCUAUUCCUCCAAGUCGAUCAACCUAUAACAACUUGAUCAAUGCAUGCGGAUCUAGUGGAAAUUGGAAAGAGGCUCUGAAUGUCUGCAAGAAAAUGACAGAAAAUGGAGUUGGCCCGGAUCUUGUGACUCACAAUAUUGUUUUAUCUGCCUAUAAAAGGGGGAAUCAGUAUUCAAAAGUGUUGUCCUAUUUUGAACUAAUGAAAGGAACAAACAUCCGUCCGGACACAACUACCCUUAAUAUUGUGAUAUACUGCCUGGUCAAACUUGGACAGAAUGGGAAGGCCAUCGAUAUUUUCAAUUCAAUGAAGGAGAAAAGAUCAGAAUGCUACCCUGAUGUUGUAACAUUCACUACCAUUAUUCAUCUGUAUUCUGUUUGCGGCCAGAUUGAAAAUUGCCAAACAGCAUUUAACACAAUGCUUGCAGAAGGUCUAAAGCCUAAUAUUGUUUCAUAUAAUGCUCUAAUAGGUGCAUAUGCUUCACAUGGGAUGGAUAAGGAGGCUUUGUCAGUUUUUAAUGAGAUAAAGAAAAAUGGUUUCCGCCCCGAUAUUGUAUCCUAUACAUCUUUGCUCAAUGCUUAUGGGAAAUCAGGGAAACCAGAGAAGGCCAUGAAAGUAUUUGAGUUGAUGAGGCGGAACCAUUGCAAGCCAAAUUUAGUAAGUUACAAUGCACUGAUUGAUGCCUAUGGAUCUAAGGGUUUGUUAAUGGAAGCUGUGGAAAUCUUACAUGAAAUGGAAAGAAAUGGGGUUCAACCAAACAUUGUUUCAAUAUGCACCCUCUUGGCUGCCUGUGGCCGCUGUGGUCAGAAGGUAAAGAUCAAGUCUGUACUUUCAGCGGCUGAGAUGCGAGGCAUCAAGUUAAACACAACUGCAUAUAAUUCAGCAAUUGGAAGCUAUCUGAGUGUGGGGGAAUAUGAUAAAGCCUUAAGUCUGUACAGAGCGAUGAGAACAAAGAAAGUCAAACCUGAUCCUGUUACUUACAAUGUGUUAAUAAGCGGUUGCUGUAAAAUGUCGAAAUAUGGUGAGGCACUUGGGUUUCUUGAUGAAAUGAUGGAUUUGAAAAUUCCUUUGUCCAAGGAGGUGUACUCAUCUGUGAUCUGUGCCUACAGCAAACAGGGCCAAGUCACAGAAGCAGAAUCCAUGUUCACCAAAAUGAAGAUGGCUGGUUGUCAUCCUGAUGUUAUUACAUAUACUGCAAUGAUACAUGCAUAUGAUGUUGCAGAGAAUUGGGAAAAAGCUUCUGCACUAUUUUUAGAAAUGGAAACAGAUGAUGUCCAGCCAGAUUCUAUUGCAUGUUCGUCUCUGAUGAGAGCUUUUAAUAAAGGAGGCCAACCUGCCAAAGUACUUGUUUUGGCAGAGUUUAUGAGAGAGAAAAAGAUCCCUUUUAACAAUUCAAGUUUCUUUGAGAUGGUUUCAGCCUGUAGCUUAUUGAGAGAAUGGAGGGAAAUAAUUGGUUUGAUCAAAUUAAUGGAGCCUUCAAUCUCUGUCGUGUCGAUCGGGCUUCUAAAUCAGCUUCUGCAUUUUCUUGGAAAAAGUGGGAAGAUUGAGACUAUGAUGAAGUUGUUCUACAAGAUAGUGGCAUCAGGAGCUGAAAUUAACUUCUAUACUUACUCGAUUUUAUUGAAGAAUCUCUUGGCUGCUGGAAAUUGGAGGAAAUACAUUGAGGUACUGCAAUGGAUGGAGGAUGCAGGUCUUCAACCUUCAGUUGGAAUGUAUCGCAGUAUCUCCUCCUUUGCACAAAAUCGCAGUGGGGCUGAAUAUGCUGCUGUCAUACAAGAAAGAAUUGAAUCCCUGAAGAGAAAUUCCAGGAAUCAAAAUCCAACAAAAACGCUGAAUGAUUCUCUCCUUCCUGCCUCCUCAUUGCUUGAUGGAACCAAAGUAUGAAGAGUCAACCAUUUCUGAGGUGCAUCACAGAAAAGAUAGGAGCCUGGUAGUUGUGGAACUCUUUACCAGGAGAUCAGACAGUGUAUAUACAGGUCGCCUUAACUGCUUCCAAAUACAUGGAUGACAGAAUGAAACUCUUCUCAAGUGAUCUUCAGAGCUGAAGUCGGUCCUGAGAAACCAGCCCAAGAUAGCAUAGUUUUAGAAUUUGUUUUGGGUACUUCGAUUAAAGUUCAAAGCUUGUGGGAUUUAUAAACUUUGGCCUACAUAGUCCAUUUUUCAGGUUUGGAGUUGGACUUGUUUGA